AUGACAGAGUCCCGUAUGCAAGCUGCGCUGCUCCGGGAGAAUCCUCGCGUCCUUCGAAAAAGCUUCUUGAAGCUAUAUGGGUGUAUCUUUGUCGGAUAUCUGUGCUCAGCCACGAAUGGAUUCGACUCCAACACCUUUGUAGGCGGCCUUUCCGCGAUCCCUCAAUUUACCAAGUAUUUCGACAUUACCACCGAGAACCAAGGUCUUGUUGCCGCACUUUAUGUAAUCGGAAAUAUAGCCGGCAGCUUCUUCGCCGGUCCUUGCUCGGACACAUAUGGUCGCCGAGUUGGCAUGGCCAUGGGGUCGGCCAUUUGUGUAAUCGGCGCUAUCCUACAAACUGCUGGCACAAACAUCUCCAUGCUCAUGGGAGGCCGCUUCAUCCUGGGCAUGGGAGCUGUGCUUGUUCAAACGGCUGGUCCCAGCUAUGUGGUCGAGAUGUCUUAUCCCAAGUACCGAGCCCAACUGACAGGUGGUUAUCAAGCCUGCUUCUUCCUCGGAACCAUCGUGUCAACCUGGCUGGAGUUUGGCUUGAAUCAUGCCAAAACAAAGCUAUCUUACCCAUGGAGACUCCCUCUCGCUAUCCAGGGCCUACCAUCUGUUAUAAUCCUUUGCGCUGUUUGUUUCAUCCCCGAGAGCCCCCGAUGGUAUGUCGGCCAAGGACGCAUAAGUGAAGCCAGAGCUGUGCUCGUCAAGUAUCAUGCAGAUGGAGACCCCGAUGCCCUCGUCGCAAACCUCGAGCUGCAAGAGAUGAUUGAAGUUAUCGAAAUGGACGGGUCAGAUAAACGAUGGUGGGACUAUAGAUGCUUGUUUGAUACAAGAGCGGCACGGUAUCGGACCUUCCUCGUUAUUUGUAUCGCUUGGUUUGGAGAACUCGAUUUGCCCCCGACGAGCUAUUAUUUCCCUCUGAUGGUCAAGACAGUUGGUAUCACGAAUAUUAAUACGCAACUGCUGUUGAACGCGAUACAAACUCCAGUCAUGGCAGUCGCUGCGCUUUGUGGGCUCAGUGUUGUGCACAAGCUCGGUCGUCGAAAGCUACUGAUGUUCUCCAGCGCUGGGAUGUCAGUAUCCAUUGCCAUCAUCACAGCCUGUACUGCACUCCAGGCUGGACGACCCGCGGUUGGGGGGACUGGCAUCGCGUUUCUCUACAUAUUCUUAAUUGUUUUUGCCUUUGCUUGGACUCCAAUGCAAUCGCUCUAUCCUGUCGAAGUGCUUUCCUUCAAUUCUCGAGCAAAGGGCAUGGCGUUUCUCGCAUUCAUGAACAAUGCUGUCAAGGUCAUGAACACAUAUGUGCCUCCAAUUGCCAUUGCCAACUCUGGCUGGAAAUACUAUCUCCUUUAUGUCUUUUGGGACGCGUUUGGUGUCGUUGUUAUCUACUUCUUCUUUGUUGAGACCAGGGGUUGGAGCUUGGAAGAAAUCGAAGACUUGUUUCAGGCGAAGAACCCCGUCAAAGCAAGUCUUGCGAAGAAGAAGAUCAGCCUUGCGCCUGACAGUACUAUCACACAGGUGCAAGAUGGUGGAAGCCGUGUUUGA